AAGGUUAGGUACGAUUACCGACAUGAACCUACCUUACGUCAAGUACAGUACAGGUACAGCACAUACCUGUAGGUUAAUUUGGCUGCAGCGCGCUUCUGCGUUAGUUAUCUGUUACCUACCUUAGCUUUUAUCAUGGCUGCGUCCAAGAAACCGUUACCCUUUUCCAGUUCCCAUAUGGAAAAGUCAACACCACCGUAGGAAUUCAUUCGAGUAGCACGUAAAAUGUAGUAACGUCAACGCCAUAUUUCCACUUAGAAAAAAAAAACAUGUAUCGAGUUGUUUUCCAUUUCAAAGGAGAUAUUUUUACAAACUUCGUUACACUCGAAGUCGCAAAAAUGGGCAGUUGAACGAGUCGAAAAAGGCAGCCGUCAAGUCUUCCACGCCAACCGAAUCUUCCAUACCUCACAGUCGUCACGCUUACCCUCUCUAUUUCACCGUAGACGAUCUUGCAUGGAAUCGACGUAAACGAAUACCGUCAAAGUUACCAGAUAAUUUAAGGCCUUUAUCGGGAAAGUUCGCCGAAUAUAAAUCAGAGUACAAGAAAAAAUUCCGCUCGUUUAUGAUCCCGUCGGAAGCGCCGUUCGGAAAUUGGAAAAAGAAGAAAAUGAAAAUUAAAGAGCAAGGUUUGAAACCCGAAGGUGAAAUAGACUUCAAUGUCGAAUACUACGACAGCUACGUCGAAUUUCCUGUGCAAAAACGACCCAACACGAAACCACGCGAUCAAUGGGAAAAUUUCGAACCAGCUGAAUUUUCUGGUUCGACCGAAACUAAAGAACAAUACGUCAUGUUUAAAGAAGCUAGAAAGGCGGCUUUAACUAGGCAAUCUACAAAUUUAAAAGUCGAAGGUGAUUUCGAAGACAGUACCGAAACCAGGGAGAAAUACUUACAGCCUGAGACGAACGAAAAAGCCACACUGGCCAGACGUAACACCACGUUGAAAUUGGAAGGUGAAAUAGAUCUGUCGACUGAAACGAACGAGAAGUAUAAAGAAUUCGCAGAUGUACCUCGAACUAAAUUAUUAAGAAGAUACUCGAAUUUGGAAAUACCUCGCGAGGCAAUCAAAUCAGCUACCGAGUACAGAGGUAAUUUCACAUAUCCUCAUAAUGCCGAACGUACCCCUCUAAUCAGAAGUAUGGAAAAUUUACAUACCGAAGGUGAAAUGGAAUUUCAACCAGAAUACAAGACUAGUUUUAUCGAUUUUCAUCCCGAGUAUCCGGAUGUGAAAUUCAGAAGACGUAGCAGAUUACAAAGUGAAACUGCACCAGCCAAAGCUACACGAUGCCAUGUCAAAGAUACCAUUCGAGAUGGCUCAACUCCAAGAAAUCCUAGUCCAGAAUAUAAACAUUCUUUUGUCAAGUUCCCUGUUCAGAGACCAACUUUUCCAAGGCCGAGUUCGAAUUUAAUGCCUACAGUUGGAAUUGAAGAAAAAGAAUCCGAACUUAAUGCCAAAUAUAAACCGUUUAAAAUUAACCAAAGGACAAAAAGUUUACGUCCGUCGACACAUUUGAAACCUGAGGGUGAAAUACAACUCUCUCCGGAAUAUGAUGCUGCUUUUAUUGAUUUUUCUCACGAUCCUUCUGUGAUGAAAUCACGUCAAUGUCAUACUACAGAUGGACAUGACGGUGUAUCGUUCAGUAUACUUGAUGAUAAUGCAGAUCCGGCCAAAAUACUCGACAGGUCAGCCGAAAGAAGAUUUCAAAAAGGCAAACGUUUUUUGGUCAAGAAUAGUGACGAAUCUAGCACUGAAACUUCUUCAAAAUCAGAUUGCAUGAAUCAAAUGAGACCUCCUUUUCGAAUGGAAGUUACCAAUCCAGAUGUAGUCCAUAAACCAUUCGAAAAGUUCAAAUCAGAUCAAUCGUUUGUGGUACUCGAUGAAAACAAUAAUCAUAAUCAAUGGAUGCAAAAUAAACAGAAACAAGAUAGAAGAUGGUCUCCAUCUUGGAUGAAAUCAUAAGAUCUCUUAGAUAUUGUACUCAUACCUAUCUGUCAAAAUUGGUAGCAUCAGAUGUGUUUUGAUUACAAGUAUUUUCGUUAGAUUUCAUUAUCGUACGAGUGUUUGAUCGUUUUUCAAUUUCUGUAAAAAUUGUCCUAUAACAACUACCUAUCUAGGUACCUACCUAUAGCACCAAAUUCAGCUUUCUUUGAACGUUUUGUGAAAGCCAACGACAUUUUCCAUCACUUUAAUCCGAAUUCUUACCAGCUAUACCUACUUUUCCUAUGUUAUGUAGUUUUAGUUCAUAGAUUUAAACGCGAUGUACUUAUGUGUCAAAAAAGCCAUGUUCUUAAAAUUAAAUUUGUAAAAAUGAAA